AUGAUGAAUGAACAAUUAAUUGGAGUAAUUGAUGUCGAAUCCGAGAUAGUCAAAUUCUCCAUACUCAACCACAGUGGAAAUAUUGUGUUGGAUUCAUACAGGCACAUCGAACUAAUAAAACCAUACCCUGGUUGGGUUGAAGUAGACGCUGAAAAUAUUUGGAAUGCAUUGUGUUCUACUAUUAAUGAGGUAAUAGUUAAAUUAGAAUUAAAAAAUUUAUCAAAAGAUAACAUUAAGAUAAUUGGGAUUAUAAAUGAAAGAGAUACUGUAUUAGCAUGGGAUUUAGAAUCAAGUAAACCACUCUGCAAUGCAAUUCAUUACACUGAUACUCGUACAGACACCAUCAUUCAAGACUGUAUAUUAAAUUGUCCAAAAGAACUUGAUGAUAUAGAAGACGCGACUGGUUCAAAAGUAACAUCAAUGUUCAGUGGAAUUAAAUUAAAAUGGAUAAUUAAUAAUACACAUAUUAUUCAACGACCUACUACUAUGAAGAAUAUUAAAUUUGGAACAUUAGAUACUUGGAUAGUUUGGAAGCUUACUAAAGGUAAUUUAUAUGUGACGGACAUUACCAACGCUUCUCGGACAUUAUUAAUGAAUUUAAAAACUUUGGAGUGGUCUCCAGAUGCCUGUAAAUUUUUUAAUGUUCCGAUUUCUUUGCUGCCCACAAUUAAGAGUUCUUCUGAACACUAUGGAACUAUAGAAGAAACACCUUUAAAAGGUAUAUCAAUUGGAUCAAUAUUUGCUGAUCAUCAAGCUGCUUUGUAUGGGUUACAUUUCGAUAAACCUGGCCAAAUAAUGAGUAAUUACGGUGAUAGCUGUACAGUGUCUUGUAUAAUAGGAACAGAAUUUAAAAGGUCCAAUAAUGGAUUAAUUACAACAGUAGCAUACAAAAUUGAUAAAGAACCAGCAGUUUACGCUUUUGAAGGUUGGACAUCAGUCGGUGGUAAAGCGAUAGAAUGGCUAAAGAAUAAUAUGAAAAUUGUAGACAAUGACUCAGAAAUAGAAUCAUUAAACAUAGAUGCAAGUGAUGUAUAUUUUGUACCGGCUUUUAAUGGAUUAGCAGCACCACAUUGGAAACCAGAUGCAAGAGGUAUUAUAUGCGGUAUGACUCAUUUUACUAACAAAAAACAUAUAAUUCGAGCUGCAUUAGAAGCAUUUUGCUUUCAUACCAAAGAUGUGUGUGUUGCAUUUGAAAAGGAUACAAAUAUAGUUCCAUCACAGUUAUUUGUAGAUGGUCUUUAUUCUAUUUACAAUAAUAUAUUAAGUUAUCAAGCUGAUAUUUUGGGAGUAGACGUAAUGAGCUCACAAAUGACUGACGACAUGGCUAUCUAUGGUUCAGCUAAAGCAGCUGCAAGAGUCUUAAAUAUUUCACUAGGAAGUCAUCAGUGGUCACUUAACAUAUUAAAACCAACAACAACAGAAGAAGAACAAAAAAAUCGGUAUUCAAAAUGGAUAAAAGCUAUAAGGCGUAGUACUGGCAUAUCAAAACCACAACAACAACAACAUCGUCAAACAAUAAAUAAAUAUAAUAAUUUUAGUUCAAACUUUUUAUCCACAGCAUACUUAAUGGCUAUGAUGGGUAUGAUGGUUUUUUCAGAUAAGAAUUAA